CCCUCCAACAGUAGCAAAACUUUUGUUCAUGAGGAAUAAAUUGCGUAGCUGGGUAUUAGUCAGACAUCUACAUGUUCCUGCAAAAAAUUCUCUUUGUUACUCCUAUCCAUAUUUUAAGACCCCAUAUCAGUUCCAGUAUAGGAAGUUAGCUUUCUCCGUUCAAGAAUAUUUUGAUAGGUUGAGCCGCCUGAAGAUUGUAACAAUGAUUCUAUACGAAGUCCUUAGGUUGUACCCACCAGUAAUCUUUCUAAACAGAAGAACUUGCAAGGAAAUGGAGCUCGGUGGCAUCAAAUACCCUGCUGGAGUAAACCUUCUGCUGCCUGUUCUGUCCAUUCACCGUGAUCCCACCAUCUGGGGAAAAGAUGCAAAUGAGUUCAACCCGGAGAGGUUUUCCGAGGGCAUCUCUAAUGCCACCAAGUACCACACCGCCUUCUUUCCAUUCGGAUGGGGACCCAGGAUCUGCAUCGGCCAAAAUUUUGCAUUACUUGAAGCGAAAAUGGCGCUGUGCACCAUUCUCCAGCGCUUCUCCUUUGAGCUCUCUCCGUCCUACACCCACGCACCAUACACCGUGAUAACCCUGCACCCUGAGCAUGGUGCUCAGGUCAAGCUGAAGAAUCUCUGAUCAUGAUGAUCAUGCUGAGCUGUGAAACAACUACACCUAUCUCGUGUACCUUUAUAUGCUUUCUAUAAAAGCCACGGUGAUCCCUGUUUUCUAAAAAAACAACUACACUGAUGAUUAUAUAAGUAUGUAGUUUAGAGCUUAAUAAACAGAAUUUGUAUGAUUGUGUGAACAGAUAAAAUGUUCAACGGGAAAGUAGUAGCUCACCACUCAUUGUGCCUAUUUGUGAGGUGGUAACCUGGCUAUGCUCUACCUGUGAUCAUUGAAUUUUCAAGUCUAAUGCUCUUUGAGCUUUUUGUGA